CGUCCAUAUCAGAUGGUGAGUCUGCGUACAAAAUUGCAUCGGAGGGAUUGAUAGGGGCAGCCACAAUUAUCCAUCAUCAUCGGCGACACCAUGGCUCUUGAGAAGACAGACCUCGAUGACAGCGUGGUGAGCGAGGAGGGGGAGUCAACCAGCAGAGUAGGGGAGCAUGACCCCUACUUUGAACCAGUGGUGACCUUGCUGGAGGUCUUCGUGGUUAGUGAUGAUGACCAGGAGGAGGAAAUGAUGAGACUGAGUUUCGAGGUCAGGCAGUACAAGCUGCUUCAUUAUCACACCUCUGAGUCGCCCCCACAGUGGAAGGAACGGGGCAUGGGGGCCUUUAAGAUUCUGAGGAACAAGCAGAAGAAGGCUGUGGAGUUUGUUCAGCGGCAGAAUUAAUGCCAGUGGCUGAGUUCAGAUCCUCCAAGACACACACACACACACACACACAGCAGCCCCUCCACCUCCCCACAGCCCUCCACAGCCCCUGACACAGCAUCUGACACAGGCCCUUCACAGACCACCACAUACCUCACACAUACAUAAGAACAUAAGAACAUAAGAAAUAAGGGAAGCUGCAAGAAGCGACCAGGCUUACACGUGGCAGUCCCUGUAUGAAAUAUACCUACCUAUUUCCAUCUGUUAUCCCCAUCCAUAAACUUGUCUAACCUUCUCUUAAAGCUCUCUAGUGUCCUAACACUAACAACAUGAUUACUGAGUCCGUUCCACUCAUCUACCACUCUUUUUGAGAACAAAUUUUUUCCUAUCUCCAUCCUAAACCCAAAUUUUUCAAGCUUGUACCCAUUAUUUCUUGUUCUACCCUGGUUGCUGAUCCUAAGAAUUUUGCCUACAUCCCCCUUGUUAUAACCCUUAUACCACUCAAAGACUUCUAUCAGGUCCCCUCUUAACCUACGUAUCUCUAAAGAAUGUAAAUUUAACAGCUUCAACCUCGCCUCGUAAGGAAUACUCCUCAUCCCCUGUAUCCUUUUAGUCAUUCUCCUCUGUACUGAUUCUAAUAGACCUAUAUCUUUCCUGUAAUGUGGGGACCAGAACUGCACAGCGUAGUCUAGAUGAGGUCUGACCAGCGCCAAAGUAUAACUUUAAUACUACUUCCGGCCUUCUACUUUUAACACUCCUAAAAAUCACACACACCACAGGAGCCUCACAAACAGUCUCACAGCCUUCACAAGCAGCCCCACACUCCACCACAGACACACCAGACCCACAGCCCUUCACCUCACCCACUUCCCAGCCCCCAACGCCCCCCAGCCACCACAAAUGAAGUGAAAGGAAGGGACUGUGGCUUCACCCAGCCAGCCAGGACAGCCUACAGAGAGGGGGUAGUCCCAGUCAAGUCACAAAAUAUAGGCUUGGUUCUUCCUACAGUUUGAAGUCAAUGAUUGGACAGGCCAGACAGCUUAGUGGCAGAGCUGCAGGUGGCCCUUGUAAGCUUCCUGGUGGCACAGAUGUAGGACGGCUGGGAGCAGUGGAGGUGCCUGAUGGGGCAGCUGUGCCGGGCAGAGGGGCUGCUACUGCUGCUGCUGCUGCUGGGGAGAGCCACACUUGUAUGGUGGUAACACGGAGAGGAAGUGGAAGAAAGCUUGGGACGCUCCCAUAACUCAGGAGCAAGAAAUACACCUUACUGGAAACCUUGUGACUGACAGGUGGCGGUGACUGCAGGAACCAAUUCAGAUGUCUGUCUUGUGUUGGCGAACGUCCUGUCUGCAGUCAGGCCAGUAGUGCCAUGUUGCAGGGUGUGACAUCAGGUGAAGAGCCAAAUGGAGAGUGUCUGCAGCCAGUACUGGGUGUGCUGAUGCUGUACAAGUGUCGAGCCAGGUGCCACAGCACAUGUCAGCUGACUCCACCAGAGUAGUGUCUCUAGUCCAGGAUGCACUGCUGUGUACGACUUGUAUGUCUUUGCUAAUAAAUAAAUAUUUGUGACUAUUCUUAUUAUAUAUGUGAAAUAAAUAUAUAGUUUGCUAACAGUGUGGUAUAAUAGUGUAAAAAUAAAUAUUUGAUAACAAUUCAUGCAUGCCCCAAAGGUAAAAAAAAAAAAAAAAACAGGAUUGUGCCCUCUAAACUUUUAAGAUACCACUUGCACAUAGAAGCCCCGUCCCAGCGACUCCAGUGUCGGCUGGGAUGGGGCUUCUAUGUGCAAAUGGUAUCUUAAACUUAGUUUAGUAGCCAAUCCUGACUUUUUUUUUUACCUUGGGGGCAUGACCUGUACUCCCAGAAAGACUAUUUGCCAAAGAUAUUAUUGACAUGGCAUAAAUAACUAUCAUUAUGUUCAAGAUGGUAUACUGAAUGUUUAUUGUUUUAAUGUGAAUGUUAAGUGAAUAAAUACACAACAAUAAUAUAAA